UUGAACACGCAAAGUAAACAAAGCGCACGUGUUCGCCAACAAACCACGCGAUGAAUUUUAUGAAAAAUCGCAUCGAUCGGCCAGUGGAUCCUCUUCCACCGCCGCAAGUUUUCCGACAUAUUGACCUCCGUCCGAGCACUAGUCGGGCCACCAGCAAGAGCAUCCAUGACACACUGAACGAAACGGUAGCCGCCAACGAACCGUACCCAAUAUGUGCCGUGGCCGAGGGACGUGGUCACGCUACGCUCGAGAUCGGCUUAGCAGGCAUCGACAUUACGGCGCCGGUUCUGCAGAUGUCCCAGUUCAGUGACAACUUUUGGUAUUCGAACAUCCUGUCUUCGCUGCAAGUACUGAACCCUAUAGUGGUAUUCUUCAGUGACCAUUCACUGAACACCCGUGCCUCUAGUCUGCCAGAUCUGAUCCGAAAGAUUCUACCCAACGUACAAAUACUCGGUCUACCCAGAAGCUUCUUCAACGAAAGUUUUGCUCUGAAGCACAUGGAAAGCCUGUGCUGUUCGACGUUCCGUACGCUGAAAGACACACUUCGUGCCAAGUACUACGGUCUGGCAGCAGUCGGAGCUCUUGUUCGACAUUGCUUCGAGAGCGAUCUGUUGCGCAUUGCUCCCAGGUCCUUGCAGUUUCGCUAUUUGAGCAAGUCCCUAACCAUGGCGAUCGAUGUGGAAUGUAUUGGACACUUGGAACUGAUGUACUCGUUGCAUAAGACGAAUGACAAUCACUCACUAUAUAGGCUGAUGAAUCAUUGCAUUACAAGCGUGGGGAAAAGGCAUUUGAGAGCUAAUUUGUUGGAACCCAGCUGUAGUCUGGAGGUGCUGGAAACUCGACUGACUUGCGUCGACGAAUUGCUGACGAAGAAUGACCUGCUGUGUGGAAUACAACGGAUUUUACGAGAUUUGGUAGAUAUCGGAGGACUAAUGAGGCUAGCGAUGGAUGUCGAUAGUUUGAAAACUACAAAGCAAAACACGAUCCACGUAUUGAACCAGGCCAAUACAUUACGAAAUGCUUUACGAAGUGUUCCGGAACUUGGAACUCUACUGGAAGACGUUCAGUGUUCGAUUUUGAAAGAAGCUAAACAAACUCUAGGAAAUGAAAUUUACAAACAGCUUCAUGAUCAAAUUUGCACUGUGCUGGAUGUGGAAACCAGUAGUACGCACACUUCCGACUAUCAUAGACUAUUUUUGGUAAAAUCAAAGGUAUCUUCAACGCUUGACGUUCUUCGCAGUCUGUACUCAGAAGUAAUCGACGAAAUUCGAGAAUAUGUGGCCAAUCUAACACAAGAGUUCCGGAUGUUGCUCAAAAUGACGUAUACUAAAACGAUGGGUUUUCAUAUGCAAAUCACUCUCAAGGAUGCCGGGCUUACUAUUCCAAGGGCAUUCAAAGUUCUCAGUCGUUCGGGUCAACGUUACUGUCUGACUACAUGUCCGUUGCAGGCCUACAAUGAACGGAUUAAUGGAAUUGUCAAAGAAAUUGAAAUGGUUAGCUUCACAGUCAUUAAGCAGCUGAUUGAGGAUAUGAGAGAACAUAUAGAGUCCAUCUAUGCCUUGGUAGCAAACGUAACAGAUUUGGAUGUAUUACAGUCAUUAACUGUAGUUAGCCAAGAUAAGGAAUUUUGUCGGCCAACCUUCGGAAGGUCCACAAAAAUAGUGGCCGCUCGACAUCCGCUGCUUGAAGCAUACGGGGAAAUUGAGAAAGUCGUUAAAAAUAAUAUUAUAGCCACUCCUGAGUUUAACGUCUUCAUCGUAACCGGACCUAACAUGAGUGGAAAAACUGUCUACAUGAAGACCAUCAGUCUCCUGCAGAUCAUGGCACAGCUAGGUUGCUAUGUUCCGGCAGCAAGAGCGGUGUUUCGUAUUGCAGAUCGACUGAUGGCCGUUUUCGGUGCAGCGGAAAGCAUCGAACACGACCAUUCGAACUCAUCACGAAUGUCCCGUAAGCUGGAAACUAUCGCUCAUAGUUUGACGGUGAACAGCUUGGUGGUAAUCGAUGAGCUCUUCGGUGAUACACCCUCACCGGAUCCUAGUGGUCCAAGAUGGCAACUUCUACAGCGAAUUGUUGGCUUUGUUGGGUUUCAACCUGGAGCAUCCUGCCAAAGUCUAGCGGCAAUACAGAGGCCGUUCGUAUUUCUUACGACGCACUGCCAUGAUAUGCUGCGCCCUCUGGAACGUAUGCAUAACGUAUCUCGGUUAUGUCUUCAAACAGAAGUUUUGGACGUAGAUGGGUUUGAACGUUUGCGCUACAAGUACACAGUGGCAGAGGGCAAAACUAAUGUAAAGAACUAUGGCAUUUCCUUGGCAAGAUGCGUCCGUAUCCCAGAAACUGUAAUUUCAAGAGCCGAACAAAUUAAUGAGGAGCUAAAGAAUCGAACCAUUGGUGGACGAUUUUCGCACAACACGACAACGUUCAAUGGAUCUUUCUCAACGCAGGCCAACUUACAGCAUUUCGACAAACGCCUAUAUGACCUGUACGCACAGCUUGCUUUACUGUUAUCGGAAUCCAACGAGGACAAUCCGGAAGCAAUUGGAUCUAACCUCAAUGGAUUACUGGAAAAAUUUGUUGCAACAUUGCCGGAAGAUGUGGUGCAGUACUUGAAGGAGACUCCUUUGGAGUCUCUGUUGGCAAUGAAUGACCAAAAUUUUAAUCUUCAGCAAGAUUUAACAAUGCCAAGUGUAAGCGAAGGGAUUGCUGGGCAAAGUGAAGCGGCAGCUACGGACGGAAGUGAGCCAUUUGAAAUCGAUGAAACGAUUGUUAUCGAGGAGGAAUCACAAGAAUUAUGAAUCGUAGAC